GUGGUCUAUUCAAAUUUAAAGUUUGCUUACCAUUAUCUACUGCUGAUUUUUUUUCUCUUUAAGAAUUUUUAUUUUAUUUUAUUCAUAGGUUUACAUUGUUCUUAUUUUUUUAAAUAAUUUAUCAUUUUACUAAUAAGAUUUUAUAUCUUUCCGACAUGGACACUGCUUUAAAAGUCACUUGCACAAUUAUCUGAAUGGUCUGCAUGUUGGCACAGGGGUCAGCGCUCUCACCUAACAGUAAGAAGGCCGUGGUUUAAAUCCCAUCUGCGACCUUUCUGUGUAUGUCCUCCUUGUGCAUGCAUGGGUUUUCCCCAGGCCCUCCGAUUCCUCUCACAGCCCAAAAACAAGUCAAUAGGUGACUCUAAAUAGUCUCUUAGAGGUGCAUGUGUGUGUGGCUCUGCUCCGAGUUUUUCCGGCAUCCCCAGCCCUCAACCUGCAGAGGAUAGGUUGGCUCCAGCAGCCUCAUGUUCUGAAAAUGGAUGGAUGGAUGCUAUUCAUCUGAAAUUUAAACAGGUUUUGACAUUAUGAUUGCAUAUUAAAAGAAAAUAAAGGUUGCAAUUCCUGCUAACUAAAGUAUACUUUUUGAUAAAAAUCCUCUCAAAAUGCAAUAUAUAAGAACACUUGAAGCAUUUAGACUUUGUUUGUGCAUUUUCUAAUGAUAUUUUUCCCCUUGUGGUGAAAUGUGGCGUUAAAUAUGGACGCCCCGGGCAAAAGUUAAAACAACUCGAUCUAAUUGCAUCUGGAUGCCUCUGAAUCAUCAUUAGCAGUUCCGUGGUGAAUUCCAGGGCCAGACAAAACGUCUCAUACCGAGGUGAGUACAGCUUGCAGUGAGUUCUUCUGCACCUGCGAUCAUAGCCAUUCAUUGCUCACCAACAUACGGCGCUAACACCUGCUGAUGCUGGCAUCUGCGGGGGGAAAAAGCCAACCCAAUCGGCUUUGCCUCCUGUUAGCAGAAAGAAAGCAGCAUAAACAGUUGAUUUGGGGAUUUUUACAUUCCUCUCCUGCUAUGAGUGACAGUUUCCUUUAAACGUGUCUGUUGCCAUGCGUAAGUUGCGCCAUCAGAGUUGGGUUGACUCUUCUCUCAUGCUUUAUUUUUGGUCAAGAGCAGCUGAAGAUUAUGUGGAGGAGGAACAGAAGCUAUUAUCAUGGUGCAUUAUUUCCUUGCUGCCCUGUGGUUGCAUAGAUGGGCCUCGCCAUGCGCAGCAGCAUCUCAGACAUUAAGCACUCCUGUUUUUUAUUUUUUUAUUUUUUUUCUAUGCCAAGCCAGUGUCAUUUUCAGAAGAGCAUUUGCUCUGUCGUGCUCUUAUGUUCCCUGUUUUUAUUUGACUCUUUGGAAAGAACUGUGCUCAGUCACCACAUCAGCCUCAGAUCCAUGUGCUCUUUCCUUCCAAACACAAACUUCCAAACUCUCAGUGAAACACCUUUUUGUUUCAUUUGCCCCAUGCAAUUUAUAUAUGUAGAGCUAACAAGAAAAAAAAAAACCUUUGCAACCAUCCAUGAAUCACAAAAACGCAAUAAAACAUGAGUAUUUACCUAAAUUACCCGUUUCUAACUUUCUUUUUUUACAAUUGAUACAAAUGUUGAGUAUUUUAAAUUUUUAAAGAUGAAAACAAUCGUAAAAUGAUUUCUUGAAAAUGCUGUCUGGCUUUGCAGUGAUGGAGCGUGCGCUUUUACGCGCGUCCGCACGGUGGCAACGUGCGCUGCGCAGCCACAAGCUCAGAUCCCCCCCAGUCGUUACCUCAUGAAGAACACGGGACUUGUCCUCCUCCUCAUCCGACACACGCCGACAGACAGCCGGGCUGUCCUCCGCGCCGGGCUCCCAUCAUGCAUCAGUGACUACGGGCUAAGUUCCCCCUGGCCGCCGCGCUCCUGCUCCAACUUCUCCCCGCCGCCGCUGCUGCUGCUGUCAAACUGGAUUUCCGACCUUGGCCGUGCGCCGCGGAGAGGAACUUCGCACGGGGGGGUUGGAGAGGAGAGAGGCUUUACGCGCUCCACGUCUGGAGCUCCUCACCAAGAAUGAAAAGUCCAUUCUUCCAUUUGGAGCAUCCAGUUAUGGUUUAGGGUGGCUGAAGUUUUAAGAAGAAAGGAGCAGAAGGAGAAAGUGAGAAAUGUAUCGAUUUUGAGGGGGAAAGUGCAUGAAGACGUUCACUUCGUUUGGACUUAACCUGGAUUUAUCUGAGGGAGUUCAUUAGAGAAAACCCCGCGUGCUGCUGCGGGACUCACAGGAGGGGGGGACCUGUCAGUCUGGGCUUUUGUGGAAUUGGAGCAAGUAGAACUCCAAAGCAAACAGAGACUGUCUGACCGAAUUUUCUCAGCUGGCCAGAUCAGCAACAGCUCGGCGCGCUCUGUCAGCUUUGGACACCGGUUCUCAGACGCAGACAGAGACGGCACCGGAGCCUCAUCGGAAACCGGACUCUACAGAAUGUCUCAAGCUCACCGGACACUUGCUGUCCAGCCAGGCAGAUUUAAAAGGACUGAAAACUGCUUGAGGGGAUCGAUGUGGCGCGCCACAUGGAUUGUAUUUUUCUCCUUGCUCUUCCACUCCGCGCAAGCUCAAGAUGAUGUGCCACCGUACUUCAAGACAGAGCCAGUACGGAGUCAGCUCCAUCUUGAGCGCAACAGGCUGGUGCUGACCUGUAUGGCAGAAGGAAGCUGGCCCCUGGAGUUUAAAUGGAUCCACAACAACACAGAACUGACCCGAUUUUCACUGGAGUACAGGUACCUAAUCCCUUCGUUGGAUCGGUCCCAUGCUGGCUUCUACCGCUGCAUUGUGAGGAAUCGAGUGGGCGCCCUUUUACAAAGGCGAACAGAAGUCCAAGUGGCCUUCAUGGGUAGUUUUGAGGAGGGCGAGCGCAAUCAGUCGGUCUCUCAGGGGGAAGGCGCCGUGGUUCCCGCGCCACGGAUCCGCAGCUUCCCUCAACCACAAGUCACCUGGUACAAAGACGGACACAAGAUUCCACCCACCAGCCGAAUCGCCAUUACCCUGGACAACACACUGGUUAUCUUGUCGACAGUGGCACCAGACGCCGGACGCUAUUAUGUGCAGGCGGUUAAUGACAAGAAUGGGGAGAACAAGACCAGCCAGCCCAUCACCCUAUCAGUAGACAAUGUUGGAGGUCCAGCGGACCCCAUCGCUCCCACCAUCAUCAUAUCUCCCAGGAACACAAGCGUGGUCACAGGGACCUCAGAGGUCACGAUGGAGUGUGUUGCCAAUGCAAGACCUCUCAUCAAGCUGAGUAUCUCCUGGCGGAAGAACGGCGUGUUGGUGAGCAGCGGUUUGAGCGACUAUAACCGUCGCCUCACCAUCCUCAGUCCUGUGGUGAGCGACGCCGGCUACUACGAAUGUGAGGCUGUUCUCCGCAGCAGCAGCGUGCCGUCAGUCAGCGCCGGUGCAUAUCUGCAUGUACUUGAGCCACCCCAGUUUAUAAAAGAGCCAGACAAACACAUCACAGCGGAGAUGGAGAAGGUGGUGGACAUUCCCUGUCAGGCACGGGGAGUGCCCCAGCCAGACAUUGUUUGGUACAAGGAUGCCCUACCCAUUGAUCCAGUGAAGACGCCGAGGUACAGGGUCCUGGUGGGAGGCAGCCUGCAGGUCAACGGCCUGCUGCCUGAUGAUACCGGCAUGUUUCAGUGCUUUGCCAGAAACAUGGCAGGAGAAGUUCAGACUAACACAUAUCUUGCUGUUACCAGCAUUGCGCCAAAUAUCACAGCCGGACCUUCUGACAGCACUGUGAUCGACGGGAUGUCAGUCAUCCUCCACUGUGAGACCUCAGGAGCGCCGAGACCAGCUAUAACCUGGCAGAAAGGUGAGCGUGUUUUGGCCAGUGGUUCAGUGCAGCUGCCCAGAUUCACUCUGCUGGAGUCAGGCAGCCUGCUCAUCUCCCCGUCACACAUCUCGGAUGCUGGGACCUACACAUGCAUGGCGAGCAACUCCAGGGGCAUCGACGAGGCAUCUGCCGACCUUAUCGUGUGGGCUCGAACUCGAAUUACUACUCCACCACAGGACCUGAGUGUUAUCAAAGGAACUAAAGCUGUUAUGACCUGUGGAGUCACACAUGACCCCAGUGUAAUUAUCAGGCACGUCUGGGAGAAAGACGGCUCUGUGAUUAACGUGCAGUCCGUCCCUCGCAUGCAGCUGUCUGCCGACGGCACCCUGCACAUCUCCCAGACCUGGUCGGGCGACAUCGGCACGUACACCUGCAGGGUCACUUCCGUCGGAGGCAAUGACUCUCGCAGCGCACACCUCCGUGUCAGGCAGCUCCCCCACGCUCCGGAGAACCCCACAGCCGUGCUGAGCAAGUCGGAAAAACGAGCCAUCGACCUGGCCUGGGCGAAGUCUUUUGACGGCAACAGCCCCCUCAUCCGCUACAUCCUGGAGGUUUCUGAGAACAAUGCUCCCUGGGCCAUCUUGCAGGCCAAUAUUGAACCAGAGUCUACAGCAGUGACGGUGAACGGUUUGAUUCCAGCUCGCUCCUAUCAGUUCCGCCUCUGUGCCGUUAAUGAUGUGGGGAAGGGGCAGUUCAGCAAGGAGACAGAGCGUGUGUCUCUCCCGGAGGAGCCCCCGAGUGCUUCUCCUCAGAAUGUCAUCACCAGCGGGCGCACCAACCAGUCCAUCAUGAUCCAGUGGCAGCCACCGCAGGAGAGCCACCAGAACGGCAUCCUCAGGGGCUACAUUGUCCGAUACCGCCUCACCGGGCUGCCUGUGGAUUACCAAAUCAAGAACAUCUCCAGCCCAGAUGUGACCACCCUGCUCCUGGAAGACCUCAUCAUCUGGACUAACUAUGAGAUUGAGGUGGCGGCCUACAAUGGGGCAGGCCUGGGGGUUUUCAGCCAUAAAGUCACUGAGUGGACUCUCCAGGGAGUUCCAACCAUCGCUCCGGGAAACGUGAAAGCUGAAGCGGUCAACUCAACGGCGAUCCGUUUCACCUGGAACGCUCCGAACCCGCAGUUCAUCAACGGCAUCAACCAGGGCUACAAGCUGCUGGCCUGGGAACCGGGGAAAGAUGAAGAGGUUGCUAUGGUAACGGUGCGACCUAACUUCCAGGACAGUGUUCACGUGGGUUAUGUGACAGGUCUGAAGAAGUUCACUGAGUAUUACACGUCGGUGCUGUGCUUCACUACACCUGGAGACGGCCCCCGCAGCCCGCCUAGAGCAGUGAGGACUCACGAGGACACCCCGGGUGCCGUAGGUCAUCUGAGUUUCACAGAAAUUCUGGACACCUCCCUGAAAGUAAGCUGGAGUGAGCCCAAUGAGAAAAAUGGAGUUCUCACAGGUUAUCGCAUCUCCUGGGAGGAGUUCAACCGAACCAACACCAGAGUCACUCACUACCUGCCGAAUGUUACCUUGGAGUACAGGGUCACCGGGCUCACCGCGCUUACCACCUACACCAUUGAAGUGGCAGGGAUGACCUCUAAGGGCCAGGGCCUACUAUCAUCCUCCACCAUUUCCUCUGGGGUCCCACCAGAACUUCCUGGUCCCCCAACCAACAUUGUCGUCUCAAACAUCGGCCCACGCUCUGUCACUCUGCUGUUUAAGCCUGGUUAUGAUGGCAAAACCUCCAUUUCCCGUUGGCUGGUAGAGGCCCAGGUGGGUGCGGUUGGAGAAAAUGAGGACUGGGUGAUAGUCCACCAGGUCUCCAACGAACCUGAGGCUCGAGCGCUGGAGGUGCCAAACCUCAACCCUUACACUUUAUACAGAUUCCGAAUGCGUCAAGUCAACAUAGUGGGCACCAGUCCUCCCAGUCAGCCCUCCAGAAAGAUCCAGACCCUUCCGGCUCCGCCUGACAUUGCCCCCGCCAACGUCACGCUGCGCACUGCCAGUGAGACAAGCCUCUGGCUGCGAUGGAUGCCUCUGCCCGAGUGGGAGUACAACGGGAAUGCAGAGCAGGUGGGGUACAGGAUCCAGUAUUACCGCGUCGGCUCACAGGGUCACGGCUUGAUCCAUGUCAUUGCUGACCGUCUGGAGAGAGAAUUCACGAUUGAGGAUCUUGAGGAGUGGACAGAGUAUGAGGUCAGGGUCCAGGCCGUUAACCACAUGGGAGUUGGACCUUGGAGUCAGCCCGUGAGAGGCAGGACGAGGGAGUCUGUCCCUUCGAGUGGACCGACCAAUGUGUCUGCCUUUGCCACCACCUCCAGCAGCAUCCUUGUGCGCUGGAUGGAAGUCCUAGAGCCGGACAGGAACGGCCUUAUUCUUGGCUACAAGGUGGUGUAUAAAGAGAAGGACUCUGAAAAAGCAGCCCAUUUCUGGACAGUGGAGGGAAAUGCCACCCACAGCGUCCAGCUAAGCAGUUUGGGGAAAUACGUCCUCUAUGAGAUUCAGGUGCUGGCAUUCACCCGGAUAGGAGAUGGACGGCCCAGUUCUCCACCCAUCCUGGAAAGGACUUUGGAUGACGUGCCAGGACCUCCAGUGGGAAUCCUGUUCCCUGAAGUGCGGACCACCUCGGUCAGGCUCAUUUGGCAGUCCCCUUCCCAGCCAAAUGGCAUCAUACUCGCCUACCAGAUCACGUACUACCUAAACUCCAGCAACAGUAACACGGCCACGGUGAACGUGCUGAACCCCAGCGCUCGCCAGUACACGGUGACUAGCCUGAAACCAGAGUCUGUCUAUGUGUUUCGCAUCACGGCCCAGACCAGGAAGGGGUGGGGGGAGGCGGCUGAGGCGCUGGUGGUUACCACAGAGAAAAGAGCUCGUCCCCAGCCCACCAGCCGUCCCUUGGUCCCUCAGAAACACGUUCAAGCCCGCCAGGUCUUACUUUCGUGGGAGCCGGGCAGCGACGGGUUGUCACCUGUGCGCUACUAUACUGUACAGCUGAGGGAGCUCCCUGACAAGAACUGGACGGUCCACUCAGCCUCCGUCAACCACGAGGCGGCCUCCUACAUUGUGUCCAGGCUGAAGCCCUUCACAUCCUACCAGUUCAGAAUAAAAGCUACCAAUGACAUUGGGGACAGUGAGUACAGUGAGGAAAGCGAAGCAAUCACAACUCUGCAGGACGCCCCAGACGAAGCGCCGGUGAUACUCUCCGUGACGCCGCACACAACAACAUCAGUGCUGAUCCGCUGGAAGCCGCCUUCUGAGGAAAAGAUCAAUGGAAUCUUACUCGGCUUUCGGAUCCACUACCGCGAGCUGCUGUACGACCGUCUGCGCAAUUACAUUCACACGGUCAACAGCGCCUUCACCUGGGCUGACCUCACAGCUCCCUACAGCGUCCGGAAUCUGAGUGAUUCAACUCUCACCCACUAUGAACUGGACAAGUUGAGCAAACACAAGCGCUACGAGAUCCGCAUGAGUGUGUACAACGCUGUGGGUGAGGGGCCAACCAGCCCGCCACAGGAGGUGUUUGUUGGGGAGGCAGUUCCUACAGCCCCGCCGCAAAACGUUGCCAUUCAGUCUGCAACAGCCACCCAGUUGGAUGUGACAUGGGACCCACCACCUGUAAAUGCACAGAAUGGAGACAUCCAAGGGUACAAGAUAUACUUUUGGGAGUUCCAGCGAAAAAAUGGGACAGAGCGCCUCCGAACUCUUUUCAUGCCUGAGGCAGGAGUAAAGCUGAAGAACCUGACUGGCUACACCAACUAUAUGAUCAGUGUGGCGGCCUUCAACGCGGCGGGGGACGGACCUCGCAGCUCGCCAACGCGAGGACGCACUCAGCAAGCGGCUCCCAGUGCUCCAAGUUUCAUUCACUUCAGUGAGCUGACCACCACCUCGGUUAAUGUUUCCUGGGGCGAACCUACCUUCCCGAACGGCAUCAUUGAGGGCUACCGUCUGAUCUAUGAACCCCUAACACCUGUAGAAGAGUCUUCAGUGGCCUGUGCCGACUGUCUUCACUCCCCCUCCCCCCCAGGCGUCAGUAAGACUGUCACAGUGGACGUGAAGGGGAGCGGACCGCUCUGGUUAAAGCUCAGAGACUUGGCGGAUGGUGUCACGUACCACUUCCGCAUCCGGGCCAAGACCUUCAUUUACGGCCCUGAGGUGGAGGCCAAUAUCACCACGGGACCAGGGGAAGGAGCCCCGGGUCCCCCUGGAGAGCCUUUUAUCACGCGCUACAGCUCAGCCUUGACGAUUCAUUGGGCCAGCGGUGAUCCAGGCCGUGCUCCAAUAUCCCGUUAUGUAAUCGAAGCCAGACCCUCAGAUGAGGGUUUGUGGGAUAUCUUAAUCAAGGAUAUCCCUAAGGAUGCAACAUCGCACACAUUCAACAUGGACAUACUCAAACAAGGUGUCAGCUACGACUUCCGGGUAAUCGGAGUGAACGACUACGGCUACGGCUCUCCAAGUCUGCCUUCUCCUUCCAUAUCUGCACAAAAAGUGGCCCCUUUCUACGAGGAGUGGUGGUUUUUGGUGGUGGUGGCACUGGUGGGGCUAAUCUUUAUCCUGCUGCUGGUUUUCAUACUCAUCAUCAGAGGACAGAGCAAAAAGUAUGCCAAAAAGACGGAAUCAGGUAACAACUCCAACUGUAACGCCCUGACCCACGGAGACAUGGUCAGCCUGGACGAGGGACGCUUCCCCGCCCUGGAGCUCAACAACCGACGGCUGUCUGUGAAGAACUCUUUUUGCCGGAAGAAUGGCGUCUACACCAGGUCUCCUCCCAGGCCGAGUCCGGGCAGUCUUCAUUACUCCGAUGAAGACUUGAGCACCAAGUACAACGACUUGAUCCCUGCAGAGAGCAGCAGCCUGACGGAAAAACCCUCUGAAAAGUCGGACUCACAGGAGGCGCUGGUGUUUUCCUAUGGGACAGGUGGCCAACAUACACUACCACUGCAUUUGGGCAGUGACAGCGAGUGUGAGGUCGACCCAAACAGACAAAAGACCCACUCCUUUGUCAACCACUACAUAAGUGACCCGACGUACUACAACUCGUGGCGCCGCCAGCAGAAAGGAAUAUCCCGAGCGCAGGCCUACAACUACUCAGAGUCUGAGUCGGAGCACGGCGCUCCUCCGCCGCUGCCCCCUCUACCUCCGCUGCCACCCCAGCUCAGUUCACCCAGCCCGCAGCCUCAACAAGCCCAGGGCCAGCCCCAGGGCCAAGGCACGCUGUUCAGGCCCAAGGGGAGCCGGACUCCCACCCCUUCCCAGCAGAGCUCAAACCCCCCCAGCCAACACAGCACCCUUUACAGGCCGCCCAGCAGUCUAGCACCCGGAUCGCGGGCUCCUAUUGCCGGCUUCUCCUCUUUUGUGUGAAAAAAAAAAGGUUUCAGAAAAGGACAUUAAAACUUUUGAAAAAUCUGCCUUGAGUGAAGAAGUGUAAGGCAUUGCAAAAUGCCAAGACAGGCCAAUCAACUCUUUCACUUGUUUUUACAUCGUCCUUUUUUGGGUUUUUUUGCAUCUUCUUUAGUCAGACAGGAUAUAUGCAUUUAAAAACAAAAUACGUACUUUUAAAUUUCCUUUUUUUCCCUUUUUGUGCAGAAAAGAUCACGUUGAUAUCAUCCACCUCUUUCUUUUGCUAACAAAAUGACUUGCAUGGGUUUUGCUUUCACGUUUGUGUUUUUUAAAGCCAUCAGUUAAGAUUAAGAUUGUUUGCUCUGUACAAAGUCACAGGAAUCUUUGAGAACACACAAACCGUACCAAUAAAUAUAAAUAUAUUAUGUACAGUAUAUAUAGUAUACAUAGCUAGAAGUCAAAAUGGACUCUGCAUUGAUGGAGACCCACCCCAGAGCCAUACAUGGAAGAAGAACAAGGCGUUCGGAUUUGACGCAGGAGGAGAAAAAAAAGGCUAAAAAAAAUGGACAUGAAGUUGGUGCCAUAUUGGUGAAUUUUCUCUAAGGGGUGUUGCUCACAAUGAAAAUCAAGCCUUGCAUAUUCAUGGAAAUGGCUCUUUGACUCAAUAGCACACGAAUGCACAGAACUGUCGAGCACAGUCUGACAGACGUCACUGAUCACGCUGUACCUGAAGUUUCCUACAGAUAUAUGAAACGUGUUUAAAGUGGUUGGAGUCUUAUGUGAGUGCUUUACUGUGGAUCGCAGCUGCCUUGAUUAGAAUAAAAGAAAAGUCAAGACAUUUCUAAAGAGUGGCACCAGUUGGGACAGAACUGCUGAGGGUGCCCUUUGUGUUGGCCCCUGCACUCCAAGAGCCUUCUUUUAACCCUGACAGGAGGGGGUUGUGGAUCGAUUUGCAUAAGCAUCAAAUAUUUCGUAAUUCAUGUGUCAUUUAAAAGUGUCAAAGUGUUAGAGACCGUCCUGUUCGGACACCUGGGUGUAAUUUUAUUUUAUUUUAUUUCUUUCCUCCUUCCCUGCUGCAAAAAUGCUUCACAGACCAGUAUCACGAUAGACAAGAGAUGAUGUCAUUGAAUUGCUUCACCACUUUCCCUUUUGGGUGCUGUUCAGGUGUGACUGUGCUGUUCCAGCUGGUGCGCGCACGAGUGCGAGAGCGCACAUGUUGUGCGUAAGCUCUAUUCACUGUAUGUUUAUACAAAGGAUUUGUCCUGCAGCAACUUUAGACCCACCUGGAGGAUGGCGUCAUCCCUCCGCCGCCACUCGUUACACUAUAGUGAAGACUCUGUGCUGUGUUCCUAGCUUCCAUUGCUCAAGAAGCAGAUGAAGAGGCCAUCUACUUCCUUCCUUUUUGGAUUUUUUUUCUUUCUUUUUUCUUUCUGUGGGGUGAUAUUAUUGUGCGCAGCAACAGCUUAUCAUGCAGCAUCUGAAUGAAUAUAUGGUCACAGUACAUUUCUGAAAUAAAUUAUUUUUCAAUGUUG